CCCCCAAAGAAAACAAAUUGAAGAGAAACGGUGAUGAGAGAAGACGGACAGGAGGAACAAAGAAGGAAGCUUUGGGGUUUUCAUAUACAAGCAAGAAAAAAAAUAUUAAAUGUUUUCAGAAAAAUUAAUCAUAUACCAGCGCGCGGGAAGUGGGCAGGGGCGCAGGGAGCAGCCCAUGGGACAAGCCCAAGCAAGCAAGCAGGAUAGGUAUUUCCAGCGCUGAAGGGAUGGAAUUUGUUAUCGACAAGGAAGCUGCCAUGGUUUCUCAAACCAUCCGUAACAUGCUUACUUCUCCAGGAUGCUUUGCGGAGGUGGAGCAUUUGGAAAGAAUUCCAUGAGUUGUAGCUCUAGGAGAUACUUCUUUUGGGAGGAAGGAAGAGCGAUAACGAAAGAGAUUGGAGCAGGGACCAUAACACCAUGGAGAGCGCUUGAUGAAAAAGUUUUUGCCAUCAAUGCUUGGAAACUGAAUCGGAAGCUUGUGCAUAUAAGCAUUGGGCUACUUUUCAUGCUUUGCUGGCCAUUAUUCAGUUCUGGGUAUCGUGGAGCAAUUUUAGCAGCUGUUACGCCUGGCAUCAAUAUUAUACGGAUGUUUCUUGUAGGUUCUGGAAUAUGGAAAGAUGAAGCCACUGUGAAGUCAAUGAGCAGAUAUGGGGACUACAAGAACUUCUUAAAGAACCACUCUAUUAUUCUGCAACAAUUACUUUGGCUUGUGCACUUUACUGGAGUACUUCACCAAUUGCAAUUGCUGCAAUAUGCAACCUUUGUACUGGAGAUGCAUGCUGUUGUGUUCGUGGACGGAGAUCAGUAUUAUGGUGCAAAGGCAAGCUUAAACAUGUGGGCUCCUGAUCUGACUAAUGAAUACGAUUUUAGUUUCUCACAGAUAUGGAUAAUCUCUGGUUCUUUUGGCAAUGAUCUUAAUACCAUUGAAGCUGGUUGGCAGGUUAGUCCUGAACUAUAUGGAGACAAAUACCCUAGGUUCUUCACAUACUGGACGACUGAUGCAUACCAAGCCACUGGAUGCUACAACUUGCUUUGCUCUGGGUAUAUGCCUAUUACAGCCUUGAUCAUGAAUGAAGUGGUGACAAACGAUUCCGAAGCAUUGCUCCGAACAACAGGCUUGAGAAACGACAUCGUUCCUUCCGACAGUUCCUCGAUCAGCAGUAUUAGAGGUGGAGCAACGCCAGAGGAUUUCUGAAGCUUUAAAAGCAUUGUCUAAAACUGGCCUCUGAAAGUUGCUGUUUAGAGCAUGAAAUGGUAGUUUAAUCUCCAUGUUGCAAAUAAAAAUUAUUGUUAAGUACCUUUUUCAAAGCUAUAAAAGGAAUGGGAAUUUUCCAUGUCCAAUAGUAUUAUAUAUU